AUGAUGCGCACCGACUCAGCCGCGCCGUCGCGAUUAUCGUCCCACAUCGGACUGGUGGCCCGCAGCCCCGAGGGCCAUGCCGCCAAGACGAUGCAGAUCAAGGGUCACGAGGACCAGUGGGUGGACAUACAGGCGCACACGUUCAGGAACUGGGUGAACGAGCACGUGCCGGCUGCCGACCGGGUGUCGAACCUCGCGGAAGACCUGCGCGACGGCCGGGUCCUCUGCGAGCUGGUCGAGAGCCUGCAGAAGCGCAAGGCGUUUGCGUGGAACCACAACCCCGGCAACCGGCACCAGAUGUUGGAGAACGUGUCCAAGGCCCUGACGGCGAUCGCGGACGACGGCGUCAAGCUGGUCAACAUAGGAAACGAAGACAUAGUUAAUGGGAAUCUGAAAUUAAUUUUAGGACUAAUUUGGUCACUGAUUGUUCGUUAUCAAAUUGGGCGAUCGAAAUGUCCACCUAAAAAGCUCAUGUUGGCUUGGCUCAAGUCUGUACUACCGGAAUGUCGCGUAAACAAUUUCACCACAGAUUGGAAUUCCGGAAUAUGUCUUUCGUCCUUGUUGGAUUACUGUGAACCGGGAUUGUUUCCACAUUGGAAAAAUUUAGAUCCCAAUGAUAGCGUGAACAACUGCCGCCGUGCUAUGGAAUUGGCCCGAGAUCGUUUCAGCAUCCCUAUGGUGCUGGAGCCUGAAUAUUUAGCUUCACCUUAUCUAGACGAACUAUCGGGCAUGACGUAUUUGUCCUAUUUUAUGAAAGAAAAGAGUCCUGGUACUAAAGCCACAUUAAACUGGGUGAAUAGUCAACUAAAAUCUCAUACGGUGUCUAAUUUCACGACCGAUUGGAAAGACGGUAUUGUAUUGUGUGAAUUAACAAAAUCUCUUGGUGUUCCGGCCAAGUAUCAAAAAUAUGACGACCCGGAGGUCUGGGAGUCCAACUUAAACGCUGGAAUGAAUGCUGGAAAAAAGUUAGGUGUCGAACCUCUGUUGAAAGCCAAAGAUGUGUCUAGUCUGAAUGCUUCACAUUUAGGCAUGAUGUCUUAUGUGUCUAAUUUCCAAUGGGUAAAACCGCGAACUCGGCCAUCGCAUACCGUGCGCGCCCAUAGUGACACCCACACCACCAGAGUCUAUAAACCAACUAGUUUCAAAGUGACAUUUUUGGAUGCAGAAGUAGAUCCAAGCGAUGUCACGGUGGAAAUAAUUGGACCGGAACUCAAUACCAUACCGUGUAAUUUGAAUUUAAAAUCCAAUGGUGGCACAUGCACGUUCGUGCCACUCAUAAUUGGAAUGUAUAAGGUUACGAUUUUCAAUGGCGACGAUGUGAUCCAAGGGUGCCCAAUGUUUAUACGAGCUAUGCCUGAAGUGUCCGAAAUUAAACACUCAGGUAUGGAACCAUGCGCAGUUGGAUCUAUCGUCGAAGUUCAGAUAAAUUGUAACGGUGCUAAAGCUCAAAAUAUUCAAGUUUUGGCCAUGAGUCCGGACGGUCGAGAAUUAGAAUGUCCGGUAAGUGAAUCAGGAGAUGCGUACCGGACGACGUUCCAACCCGACGAACCGGGAGAAUGGACCAUAGCCGUGAAACACCGUGGACAGUUAAUCCAGGGUAGUCCAUAUACGUGUUUUGUGUUCGAUCCGAACGGCAUUAAGUUGCUUGGCUUAGAUAGACCAGCUAUUGCGGGAAGUAUAGUCAAUUGGACUUUGGACGCCAGAGGAACGGGAGGUCUGGGAAAAAUAGAAAUUGAUAUUGUUCACGAUAAACAGUCACUUCCGCAUACGAUUGACCAUUUAGGAAAUUCUAUUUACAACGUCUCUUUACACACUAGAAGACCUGGAAAAUACAAAAUUUAUGUUUAUUUUAACGGGGCAACUGUUAAAGGAAGUCCAUUUCCUCUUAGAGUGGGUACAAAAGAAGACAUCAAGCGACAUAGAAGCAUGACACCUACAAAAUUAGUCAAUGGAAACAGCUCUUCUGCUUUCAAUGACUUUACUUCUUCUAAUGAAUACAAUAAAAUUGGUCUUCUUAGACCUAUUUCACCUCUACAAUCGCCAAAAUUCACUUCUUCUCCUAUAAAUCAUCUGCAUAGUAAUGUGUAUAAAACAACCAACCAUUCGGAAUCUGGAUUUCAUAGCAUCUCAUCGCCGUUACAUUUAAAUAUUCCUAGUUCUCUAUCUCCAAAUCAUAGUUAUGUAUCACCAAAAAGUGCUUUGUCUCCGUCAAAAUCAAAAAAUAAUGAUAUAGUUUUUGGAGAAAAUAUGCAACUCAUGCCCAUAAAUAGGUAUUCAACGAUUUACAUAAAUUCUGACGAGGUACUUGCCAAUAUUAAUGUCACAGUGAUUGGCCCAUCAAAUAAGACAAUUCCUGUGAGAAUGUCUAGGAACAUUGCGCAAGGUCACGUUUUAGCACAGUUUACAGCUGAACAAAUUGGAGAACAUUCAAUUGAUGUAAAAAUUAAUGGUACUAAAGUUGCUGGUUCUCCAUUCAGGAGUCAUGCAUAUGAUGUGUAUGCUAUUAAAGUCGGCCAUAUACCAAAUGGAGUGGUGGGUGAACCAGUAGAAUUUGAAAUUGAUGGAUCAGGAGCAGGGUCUGGUAACUUGGAAAUUCUUGUAAAUGGAGGACACGUCACUAGUUUUGUUCGAAAUUUGGGCAAUCAAAAAUUUUUGGCGUCAUUUGUUCCACAUAAAGCACUUAUUCAUUUAGUUGAUAUGAAAUUUAACAACGAACAAGUACCAGGGAGUCCCUGGGAAGUUACAAUCAUGAGUGGAGGAUCAUAUAGUCCAAAAUUAAGCGUCCUUGGCGAUGCUGUAAAAUUAGUACCUGUUGAUUCAGUAGCAAUAUUUCAAAUAAGUGCUAUUGGUUUUCAUCGAGAAGAUGUACAAGUUAAUGUAUUAAGUCCAACAAAACGUAAUAUACAAGCUAAAAUUAUAAAUGAAGGAGGAAAUGGAAUAUUUAGAAUAGAAUUCAUUGUGGUUGAAGUGGGAACUCAUUUAGUUGAUGUAAGUGUAGCUGGUCAUAAACUUGGAACUGGUACAUUAUUAGCUAAAGGAUACAAUUCAGCUUUGAUUAGAGUGACUGAUGUUUCUGAUGCUGUUGUUGGCCAACCUUGUCAAUUUAGAGUUGAUGCUAGUGAUGCUGGUGAAGGUCAAUUGGAAAUAUCAAUUAAUGAAGGAGAAGUACCAAAUCAUGUAACUGUAGUUGGAGGUGGAAGAUGUUUAGUAUCUUUUACCCCCGAACACGUUAAACCUCACAUGAUUGAUAUAAAGUUUAACAGUGAAACUGUAAUAGGGUGUCCAUUUGUAUGUUCAGUAUCUGACACAAGUCGCGUGUCUGUUAAUUUAUCUCGUUUGGAGUUGAUACCUGUUAAUCAAGUAGCAAAAUUUCAUAUGAUGGUUGAUAAUUCAGCUUCAGCUGAAUUAUCUGUGUCUGUUACUGGCCCUACUACUGAACUUCCAGUUAAAGUCACAGGAAAUGUAAAUGUAGGUUUUACCGCUGAGUUUACACCACUCCAAGUAGGAGCCCAUUCAAUAUCAGUUGAAUACAAUGGCCAUGCUGUUAAUGGUACUCCUUAUGUAGCUAAAGCUUAUGACUCGAGUAAAGUUUUAGUUGGACAUGUGCCUAAAGGUCAUGUUGGAAAUACAUUCCAAUUCACUGUUGAUGCUAGUGAAGCAGGUGAAGGAAAUUUAGAAAUUACUAUAUCAGCCAGAGGAGCAAAUAUUCCCACUCAAGUACAUCCUCAAGGCAAUGCUAAAUUUGCUGUUAGUUUUCUACCACUUCAGCCUACUGAUCAUGUCAUUACUAUUCAUUUUAAUAAGGAACCAGUCCCAGGGUCUCCUUUUAUUGCUCAUGUUGAGGGAGAUUUACCGUUAGUUAGUGGUACUUCACUAACUAGCGCUCCUGUCUCAACUACUUCUCAUUUCACUAUGAGCAAUGUUUCUGGAUCAUUGGAUGACAUUGAAGUUAAUGUUGAGGGUCCUAAUGGGUCGGCAGUUCCUGCCCAAGUAAAAGAAUCUGGUUCACAAUCAUAUAAAAUUGAAUUCUGUCCUAAAAUUGUUGGUGAACACAAGAUUGCUGUUAGUUAUCUUCGGACUCCAGUUGCCGGAUCUCCAUUUAGUUGUAAGGUGUAUGAUAUCAAAGCUAUUAAAGUGAAAUCAGUACCUAAGGGCACAGUUGGACAACAAGUCACUUUUAUUGUUGAAACAAGUCAAGCUGGUCCAGGUAAUUUAGAAGUUACAGUAAAUGGUGGUCGAGUGCCAACUUCUGCUCAAGCUCAAGGACCACAUACCUAUGCGAUAUCAUUUACACCUCGUCAACCAACUGUUCAUACUGUACAUUUACGUUUUAAUAAUCAUGAUGUACCAGGUUCACCAUUUACUUGUUCUGUUUCUGAAGCUGCUAGAGUGGUUGUCUGGUCAGCUACUGAAGAUAAAGUUGCUGUUGGUAAAAUAGCAUCAUUUGCUGUUCAAUGUGAAAGUAGUCCUCAAGUACAAGUUCUUGCACCUCUUAGACAUUCUUUACCUGUUACUGUUAUACCUGCUACUCAACCAUCAACUCACAAUGUUCAAUUUACUCCUAUUGAUGUUGGUGAUCAUAGCGUUGAAGUUAAAGUUGAUGGCAUACACGUCGAAGGCAGUCCAUUUUUAGUUAAAGCAUAUGAUGCUUCUAAAGUUCGUGUUACAGAUAUUAACACAGGAUUUGUGGGAAAACCUGUCAAUUUCAAUAUUAAUGCUAGUGAAGCUGGUGCUGGUAAUUUAGAAAUUAUAGUGUCAGUUAAUGGAGUCAAUGUUCCAAAUUAUGUUCAAUCUGAAGGAAAUGCUAAGUUUCGCGUUAAUUUUAAACCCCGAGAUGCUGCUCCCCAUAGUCUGAGUGUACGCUUUAAUGGUGAACCUAUUCCAGGGUCUCCAUUAACUUGCAGAGUAUUAGAUAUUGAUCAAGUUGCAGUAACUGGAAAUGGUGUUCGAUAUUGUGCUAUAAAAAAGACUGCAGACAUUAAAAUAGAAAGUCCCGAUAUAUCUAAUGAUACAAAUUUCAAAGUCAAUGUCUUUUCACCAUCUGGACAAUUGAUUGAUGUUAAAACGAGCAUCAUGGCCAAUGCUAUUGGAGCAUAUUAUACACCAAAUGAAAUUGGAAGACAUAUGAUAGAAAUUUUUAUAGAAGAUCAGCCAGUUGAUGGUAGUCCAUUUGCUUGUCAUGCAUAUAAUAUAAACAAUAUAAAAGUUACAGGACUUGAUAAUGCUAAAGCUAGUAAACCAGUUACAUUCAGCGUUGAUGCUACAGAAGCCGGAGAAGGCACAUUAGAAUUGGUGGUUAGCAGCCAAAAAGGCACAGUUAAAGCAGAAGUAGUCGCUUGUUCAAGAGGAUUAUACGAUGUAACAUUUGUUCCUCAUAAUGCAAUACCACAUUUUGUUAAUAUAACAUUUAAUGAUGAAAUUGUACCAGGAAGUCCAUAUAGCUGUGAUGUUGUUGAUUUAAAUGGAGUCAAGAAAGGAGUAUCUGGUUCAUCAAUUACUGCAUUCGGUGAAGGAUUGCAACGAGUAAAACUUGGUUAUUCAGCUCGUUUUGACAUAAAUCCACACAUUGCUGAUCAUGGAUCUAUUAGUGUGAUUGUAAAAGAUCCUGAUAAUAAGACUAUACCUGUUAAUUUACACAAGCAUGAUAGUGGGUUAUAUCGGGUAACAUAUCGCCCAUCUAUUGUUGGUGUUCAUAUGGUUACAAUUACGCAUAGAAAUCAGCCAAUUACCAAACAUCCUUGGAAAGUUCAAGUCAUAGAUUCUGAGUUAGUUAUUAUUAGUGGACUCAAUGAAGCUAUUUGUAAUAAACCUGCAUCAUUUAAAGUUGAUACAAGGAAUGCUGGUAAAGGAGAAUUAUCUGUGGCAAUUAAAGCAGCUGGCCGUGAUGUCAAAUUAAAAUCUUCAGAUGUAGAGUCUAAUGGUAUCUACCAAGUAGCAUAUCAGCCUGUUAUACCUGUACCUCAUUAUGUGCAUGUAAAAUACAACAAUUUUAAUGUGCAUGGGUCGCCGUUUAUGGUGAAUGUGCGAGAACAAAAUCCAUCUACAUCAGCUGAACUUAGAGUUGUUGGUCUAGGGCUUUACCAAGGUAUUUCUAACAAAAUGUCAACUUUUAUAAUUGACAGUGCUGGUAAAUCCAGUCAUGAAUUUGAUGUUGUUAUUACUGGAAUGCAACAUAGUGCUGUCCCAGCCCAAUGUUAUCAACACAAAAAUGGUAUGAACUUGAUUGUUGAAUUCACACCUCCCAAAGUUGGACAGUAUAAUAUUGAUGUCACACACUUUGGUAAGCAUUUAAAGGGAUCACCAUUCACCAGUUAUGUAUACGAUGCUAGUAAAGUUAAAAUUGACAGUCUUCCAGAGAAGAAUAGUGCAGUUGUUCAUAAACCAAUGUCAUUUAGAUUGUUGCGGAAGAAUGCUGGGUUGGCUGAUUUUACAGUUACUUGUCUUGGUCCAGAUAAUGAGGAUGUUCCAGUAGAUUUAAAAUUAUUCAAUGAAGAUAUUGAUGUUGUUCAAAUAAACCCCACAGUACCUGGAGAUUAUAUUUUCAACAUCUGCUAUGGCAAAGAUCAUAUACCUGAAAGUCCAUUAAAAGUGCAUGUUGCUGAUCCAGGAAUACCUCGAGCUUGGGGUUCUGGUCUUGUUAAAGCUCUUAAAGAUGUUUCAACAAAAUUUUACGUCUCAGCAUUGGGCACAUCUUAUCAUGCUGUUCCUGUUGUUAAUAUACGUAAUGGAUCUGAAAUAAUACCUGUGACAAUUAAUCAAUGUUCAAGUGGUCAUGAAGGAGAUUAUGAAGUCUUAUUUAUUCCGAACCAUAUUGGUUUUUGUGAUAUAAAUAUUUUUUGGAAUGGAAGACAUGUUGGUGAAUCACCAUAUAAGUGUAUGGUUGUUGAUUUGACUAAAGUGCUGACAAUUGGUGAAUCAAAUUUAAAUAAUCGUAUUAUACUUGGAGUUAAUGCUCCUACAACAUUGACAUUUGAUACUUCAGUAGCUGGUCCUGGAAAAUUAGCUGGUCAUUUAGAAAGUCAAGGAGGAACAAUUGUUCCAAUAAUGAUAGAUCAUGCUGGUGAUAAUGUUAAAUGCGUAUUAACACCACACAUAUCUGGCCCUCAUGCUCUGUACUUGAAUUUUGCUGGACUACCAUUACCAGGUUCACCUUAUCCUGCUUUAGUAGAAAGUGGAGCUGCUGGUGUACGAGUAGUACUAUCUGGUAGUGGGCUGUCAACGGCUACUUGUGGACAACAAGCAGAAUUUAUAAUUGAUGGGUCACAAGCAGGGCCUGGUAAUCCUGUAGUCACCAUAGCAGGCUCUAGACAUGAAAUACCAGUUAAUAUCGAAAAAACAGGUGAUAAUGUGUACAGUGCUGUUUAUACCCCUGUAAGUCCAGGUGCUUAUUUAUUAAAUGUGCUUUGGGGUCACAGGCAAGUUAAAGGCUGUCCUUUAAAGGUAAAUGUAACUGGUGUUUGUGAUGCUAGUAAAGUUCUAUGCACUGGAGAUGGUCUAGGUAUAGGUACAGUUGGAAAAGAUAUCAGAAGUUUUAUUGAUACACGAAGAGCUGGUCCAGGAGAGUUAAGUGCUCACUGCAUCGGACCUCAUAAAGUUGCCUAUUGUGAACUAUAUGACCAUGGAGAUGGAACUUUCACAUUAAAUGUGAAACCACAAGAAUCAGGCAGACAUACACUGACUGUUAAAUAUGCCGGUGAGGAUGUACCUGGAAGUCCUUUUACUGUUCGAGUUAGCGGUGCACCAGAUGCUAGUAAAGUUCGAGUGUACGGUCCUGGGAUUGAACACGGCGUGUUAGCAAUUUUCCAAAGUAGAUUUAUAUGUGAUACUCGUGGAGCUGGUGCUGGACAGUUAACUGUCAGAGUUAGAGGACCUAAAGGAGCAUUCCGUGUAGAAAUGCAACGUGAAAAUCAAAAAGACCGAACUAUAUUAUGUAAGUUUGAUCCAACAGAGCCUGGUGAUUAUAGAGUGGAAGUAAAAUGGGCCGGAGAGCAUGUUCCUGGUUCUCCAUUCAUGGUCAUGAUAUUUGACACACAAGAAGAACUUAACCGUUUUUUACAGGGUAAUCAUUCACCAGCAGGUUCUGAUCUAUAUAGUAGUGUUAAUUACUCAUCAAGUUAUGCUCAUAUCACACCUUAAACUUUGUUACUAGGAUUAUUGGUAAACAAAUCCGUCCAACUGACUAUUGAUUUUUUUUUUAAAUUUAUAUUAUAUUUAUUAUUUAUUUAAUAUUUAAUAUUUUUUUUAUUAUAUUUACAAAUUAACUUAUUUAAAAAAAAUCAAAAUUAAGUACUAUGUUCUUGUUAUAUGUCUUCCAUGUAUUAUU